GGGCUAUGGGCGGGGCCUGCGCCAGUGCCGGGGCCAGCCGGGCCCUCCGCCAGCGGCGUAAACUCUUCUAGGGCGCAGCGGCGGAGCAGGCAUUUAUAGCGGUGGGGAGACGCCCAGAAGCAAGCCUUUGAGCUGGAGGAAUCCGAAAACAGAAGCUUAUCCCCACUCCGAAUUUUACCGAUGAAGAAGCUGAGUCCACAGAGCUAAGUGACUUUGCCCAAGGUCGCCCAGGUGCUUCCUGAGGCAGGGCCAUGCUCACAUUCAUGGCCUCUGACAGCGACGAAGAAGUGUGCAAUGAGCGGACAUCCCUGAUGUCAGCCGAGAGUCCUACACCGCGCUCCUGCCAGGAGGGCAGGCAGGGGCUGGAGGAUGGAGAGAACACUGCCCAGUGGAGGAGCCAAGAUAGCGAGGAGGACUGCGAGGAGGACCCUGACCACUAUGACUGCAGCAGGGUCCCUGGACGGCCACCAGGCCUGGAGGAAGAGCUGACCCUCAAAUAUGGGGCGAAGCACGUUAUCAUGCUGUUUGUGCCUGUCACACUGUGCAUGAUUGUCGUGGUGGCUACCAUCAAGUCCGUGCGCUUCUACACAGAGAAGAAUGGACAGCUCAUCUACACUCCCUUCACCGAGGACACUCCCUCAGUGGGCCAGCGCCUCCUCAACUCUGUGCUGAACACCCUCAUCAUGAUCAGUGUCAUCGUGGUCAUGACCAUCUUCCUGGUGGUGCUGUACAAGUACCGCUGCUACAAGUUCAUCCAUGGCUGGUUGAUCAUGUCCUCUCUGAUGUUGCUGUUCCUAUUCACUUACAUCUACCUCGGAGAAGUGCUCAAGACCUACAAUGUGGCCAUGGACUACCCCACCCUCUUCCUGACUGUCUGGAACUUCGGGGCAGUAGGCAUGGUGUGCAUCCACUGGAAGGGCCCCCUGGUGCUGCAGCAGGCCUACCUCAUCAUGAUCAGUGCCCUCAUGGCCUUGGUAUUCAUCAAGUACCUCCCAGAGUGGUCUGCGUGGGUCAUCCUGGGUGCCAUCUCUGUGUAUGAUCUUGUGGCUGUGUUAUGUCCUAAAGGGCCACUGAGAAUGCUGGUGGAAACUGCCCAGGAGAGGAAUGAACCCAUAUUUCCUGCCUUGAUAUACUCAUCCGCCAUGGUGUGGACAGUGGGCAUGGCAAAGCUGGACCCCUCCUCUCAGGGAGCCCUCCAGCUUCCCUACGACCCGGAGAUGGAAGAAGACUCCUAUGACAGUUUUGGGGAGCCCUCAUACCCUGAAGUCUUUGAACCCCACCUGCCUGGCUACCCGGGGGAGGAGCUGGAAGAAGAAGAGGAAAGGGGUGUGAAGCUUGGCCUGGGAGACUUCAUCUUCUACAGUGUGCUGGUAGGCAAGGCGGCGGCCACAGGCAGCGGGGACUGGAACACCACACUGGCCUGUUUUGUCGCUAUCCUUAUUGGUUUAUGUCUCACCCUCCUGCUGCUUGCCGUGUUCAAGAAAGCGCUGCCCGCCCUCCCCAUCUCCAUCACCUUUGGGCUCAUCUUCUACUUCUCCACUGACAACCUGGUGCGCCCUUUCAUGGACACCUUGGCCUCCCACCAGCUCUACAUCUGACAGGGAGGACAUGCAGCCACAGGGCUGGAAGCUGUAGGAAAACUUCACCAGAUGCAGUUGUAUAGUUUUACACUCUAGUGCCAUAUAUUUUUAAGACUUUUCUUUCCUUAAAAAAAAGAAGAAGAAGAAGAAGAAAGUAUUGUGUUUACUUUGUGACAAGGAAGCAAAGCAGCUCUUUGGUGCUAGCUGUUUUGUCACCAGACUGACUCGCCCAUGGGACACAUGACAAGUUUAUGCUCAUGAACUGAGGGGAUCACAUGGAGUGGAACCAGGCCUGGAGAAGGACGCCCAUUCCCCAUCCAGGUCUUGCAACCUCCAGGGGUCAAGAGGAGGGAAGGUGUGCAUUGGUGGGGGUCAGGAGUCCACGCCCAGGAAAAGUACUAAGCACCUGGUCACUCCAGCCAAGAAGAAAAGCCAGUUCCCUGUCAGGAAUUUCCCAGUGCUUUGUGAUAUUAUUUUAUUAUUUUUAGAAACCGAGUCCUGUUCUUGUUAGGGCAGUUACUGCUGGGAAGUGGCUUAAUAUUAAUAUCAAUAAAUAGAUGUCUCCUGUUGGAAUGUUGGGGUUUGGUCUGUUUUUAAGUGUCAGCCCCUCCCUCUCUCUGUCACCCACUCCUGGGGCAAUGUGCUAGGGGCCCAGAAAGGAAGGAUCUACCCUGUUAAGGGGAAAAGCUUAACUGCCUCCUUUCUCUACACUCAUUUCUCUACCUAGAAAGCUUUCUAGGCAGAGGAAUUGUGAGAGCAUGAGGAAGACCUCACAUACACUCCAAGGCAGUUGCCAAAAUGCUGAGUGGUUUCUUUAGCAAAUAUCCGUCCUCAGCAGGAACCAGCAUACUGGUGUCGAAAAGUCCUUUGCUCUGCAUCAGGGCAGACCAGAGCCCAUGUUGAGAUCCACAGUGGUGAGAGAGUGUCAGGUUGGCUGUGCCCUUUCCUCUGCAUCAGUCACAAGUUACAAAGAGCCUCAGAAAUGCCUCAGGAUGGGAACCUGAGCUUGUUGGAGCCAUGCAGAGCAGGCUGCUGUCUUUCUAGGGCUGCUGAGAAAACACAGGUGUGCAUUUGGAGUUCAUACUGGUAGCGCCGUGUCCUUGUUCCAGAAAUAACAUGAAUGCUGCAAAACUGGCUGUGUAUUUUGAGAGGAAUAAAAGAAUCAUGUA